ACUACUUUUAUUGUUGAACCAAAAAAUCUAUUGCCAAUUGUAAUGGAAAAAAAUAAUAGUGAUAUUUUUCAUCAAAAUCAAUACGAUGAUGAUAAACAAGCCAAUUAUCAAAUUGUAAAAAAAAAUAAUAAAACAAAACACAAAACAAAAAUGUCACCGAAUUUAAAACAAUUUAGUGAUUUAAAUGUUGAUCUUGUGUUUGAAGAUAGUGUCGAUGUAAAUACAACACAUUAUAAUCAAACCUACAAUGAUGAUGAUGAUGAUGAUUAUGAUGAUGGCCACAAUUUAGGAACCAUUAUAAUGCCAUUAGAUUCUAGUGAAUCGAUUGAUGGUCCAAAAUCGAUUGUUUUGCACCACACCACCCCACCACCAUCAGAAUCAUUUCCAUUGAAUCAUUAUUAUUCAAUUAAUAAUCAGCCGAAAAAAUUGACAAUAAAUGCCAAAUCGAAUGAAGUUGAUCUUCGUUCAAAAAUGUUUAUAAUGACAAAAUUGAUCGAACCGAAUACAAAUCGAGUUAUUUAUACAAAUCAUUAUAAUGGUACUGCGUUUAAUCAUCAAUUAUCUGAUCUCGUAUCAUCACCAAUUACACAAUCCAAUUCGAAUACAAUACAAACAUUGGACGAUGUUGAACAACGUAGCCAAUAUUUGCAAACAUCAAACUCUGGUGAUCAUGUAUUAAGACCGUUUGUACGACGAACUACAAAUCACAAUAAUCGUCGUCCUGUAUUCAAUAAUCAAAAUAAUUUUAAUCAUCUUCAAUAUCCAGAAAAAUUACCAGAUGCUCAACAUCAUCAUCAUCAUCGUCGUAAUAAAAAUGAUAACAAUGAACCACAAUGGUCAUUACCGGUGAUUGAAUUGAAACGUUUGACACGAACAGAAUCGACAAUGAAUCAAUCGUCUGUUGUUACACCAUCAUCUGGACGAUUGAUGAAACUGACCACGGCAUCGCCAUUGAUUAUUGAAAAUCCUAUCAAUGAACCAGCUAAUCAACGUGUUCCAAUGAAUUCUCAUCAACGUUUAAUGAUGAUGAUGUUUCAUAAACGUUUACCAUUACUUAGUAAUGAUGAAGGAUUCAUAUUAACCAGACCCAAUGUUACUGAUGCUGGUGGAAUGGUGGAAAUUAUUGAGAAUAAUGAUAAUUCUUUAAUUGAUAAACGUGAUGAUGAUGAUGAUGAUCGACGAUUGAAUGAUGAAUCGAAUGUGAAUGCGAACAGAAAUCAAAAAGAAUUUAAACGUCGAUUUGGUGAAAUGCUUGAACCGCCUCGUGGUCGAAAUUUUAAUUCAUUUAAAAUGAACAACAAUAACAAUCGUGGUCUUUCCAAAGAGGAUGUGUCGAUCAACGAUCUUGAAUUGGAUGAUGAAUUUCAGCCAUCACGGUUGAAGAAUAACAACAACAACAAAAACAAAAAUAACAACAGUGUCAAUAAUAGUGGACAGAAUAAUUUUCAUCCAAAAAAUGUGAAUCAAAACAACAACAACAACAAACCAUCAUUACAACAGCAAAUGAUGGUAUCACCACCACCCCAACAACAAAAUAAAAUCAUCUUUAAUCAACAAGGAUUUCCACAAACAUUACAUCAGAUGAUGCCAUUAUUUUUUGAUAAAUUUAUGGCACAAUUAUCUAAUGGACCACCAGUAGCACCAUCGCCGCCACUACCGCAAUCACUUCAUUCAAAUCAUAUUGAUAAUGAUAUCGGUGAUUUAGAUGCACCAAUGGAACGAAGAUUAACCGGUGGUGGUAAACAGUUAUCGGGAGCAGUACAGCCACCACCACAACCACCACCACCACCAUCAUCGUCAAUAUUUGCUAAUGAAAUUAUACCUACUGGUAAUGAAUUUGAUACGAAUUUUCCAACCACUGGUGGUUUAGUGUCAUGGCCAAAAAUAUUUCGUUUUACCGAUGGUCGUAUUAAUUUACAUGAUUUUGAACGUGAAAAAAAACGUUCAAGAAUCAAAUUUAGCCAUAAACUGGGUAAAAGUCAUCCAUUAUUCAAUAUAAAACGAGAUUCAUUUCUAAUAUUACAUGGUGGAACAUUCAAUCAAUAAUUAUGACAUUAAGGAAAAAACUUUACCACCAACAACAACAACAACAAAAAAAACUUAUGUGGUGACGUUAUCCACACUUAAUUGUUAAAUUUUUCUUUGGAAUUUCAAAUUUUUAUUUUUUUCUUGUUCACAAUCAUCAUUAAUGGCAGACAAAAAGUUUUGUUUUUCAUACCUACUACUUACAACAGCUAACAACAGCCAACAACAACAAAAAACAUGACAAUUAUAAUGAUCUUGUCUUGAAGAUGAUGAAAUAUUUCAUUAAAACCAAUAAUUAAUCACCACAUUCAA